AUGAACGAUAUCCUUACACCUCAAAAAAUAACACUCGAUCACUUCAUGUGCUCUCAAUCUGGUAAUAUCCAAGACCUAACCGCCUAUUCAGGGCAUUCGUCUUCGUGUAUUGUCGGAUCCGAACCAGAGCCUGACAGCUCUUCAAGACAGGAAUUUGUUCACCCUCCGUCGUUACCCUCUGAUAUGGGGAUGCGAUACAUGACGAUUCCAGCGACAGAUGAUGUACGUUACACUUCCGAUUCCGGUACCUCUCAUAGCCCUGUGUUCUCGAUAGAACCCACGAUACCAAAUUCAAUCCCGUCCAACAUCCCAUUCCCCCCAUACGCGCAUGCCUAUCAGUCAACACUGAACGGUCCCACGUACUCAGGUGGGAGCAACUCGUACUUUUCUCCGAGCUCGUCUUUAUUUUCUAUGCCCGAUCUUAAACCCCGCUUGAACUCUAUUCACUCCUCCCCUGGAAUGGCACCACCCUCACGCUCACCAGCCUUACCACAUCCACAAUCACCAAUAAGCACACGAGAUUUAUACGCAAGUGCAACACCACACUUACGAAGAACGGACGGAAUUUCAAGAUCUCCGUCAACCUCUGGAACUGUAAGAGGCGUACCGUUAUCACCAUCUAACAGCGGAUUCGCAAGUCCGGCGAAUAUGGAGGGUUCCCAACUUGGAGGGCCACUUACCCCUCCUCUAAAUCCGACAGAAGUCAUCUUGACUUUGCAGGCGGCUGACGGACAGAUCAUCACUCCAGAAAUCUUUGGCAAAAUUGAUAAAGGAUUUUUCAUGGCAGAAAACGAUUGGACCUGCUAUAGAAGAAACUACUUUUCACUGAGUUGCUCAUUUACACUUCAACCUAUCGUUCCAGGAGCAAACGUAUAUCUUUUGUUGUCUGGUGGAAUGAGACCGCAGGUACAGCAGUUUGCGAUGUCCAUAGCUGCCGUGGUAGAUUCGCGCGAUGGAAAAUCAAUAGAAUUGGUCCAGCACACUCCCAAACGAGACAAAGGACCACAAGAUAAGCCGCCAAGAAUCGCGGUGGCCCCAAGACCGCACACAACACAUAACAUGUAUGGCGGCGACAACGGUAUUGGUGGUGGGCCGCGCGGAAUGUACGAUGGAUCUUUUGGUCAGUCACCAAGCUCACCACCAAAUGAAGCAACUUUCGAGCGCAUCCAAUUCAAGAAUGCGACCGCUAAUAACGGCAAACGGAGAGCUGCCCAACAAUACUAUCACCUACUUGUGGAACUUUUCGCAGAUUUGGGUACCAACCACAAUCAUUCGGAACGCUGGGUAAAAAUUGCCGUUCGUAUGUCCGCACCAAUGGUGGUGCGUGGUCGCUCACCCGGACAUUACCAGAGCGAAAGACGCGGUAGUAAUGCAAGUUCUGGACCUGGAGGCGCUGGUGGUGCCGGCGGUGGUUCAUACACACCAUCCGGAUCAUCUCGCACCCCUGGCGAUGUUACCAUGUCUGGAACUUCCUCCAUGCUUCCCGGGUCUAACAAUUACGGUUCUUACGAUGGCCGAUCCCACCAUUAUCGCACUGGACCUCUUCAAAUUCCUAUGGAACCUACUCUUUCUGCUGAAGAAGCCAAAAGUAUUGAGGAUGCUCCUUGCUAUAUGUACUACCCAACGCCAAUAUGGGAGGGCGCAGAGCCACGGAACCAACUGCCCAGUCUUCCAGAAUAUGUGCCCGGAAAAAUCAAGCAAGAAUACAAUACUGGUGGCUAUUCUUUACCAAGUAUCAGUGGUACACAAGACUCUUUGGGUAGACAUUGUGGAAGGUGGGAAGGGGUCCCGGAAUCGAAGGGAUAUUUUCCAACAAUGGCAUUGGCACAGGAACUCAAUAUCAGCUAG